AUGAAUCGAUGUAUGGAAUCUUUUCCAAAUACUACGAAACUGACUCUCAAAGAUGAUCUUUCGAAGAUGGCUCAUGACUCUAUUCCAGCGGCUAUUAAUCGUAUUUUACCUUUAGAACAACUACAAACUUCAGUAACGCAACUUCUUAAUCUUCCAAUCUUGAAUUUAAUCGAAAUCUUAUAUGUUAUGUUGCUCCCUCGUGUUCAACAUGUCUUGCAAAACAAUGUGGAGUCAGUUUUACAACUUCCCGGUCUCAAAAUGAAAAACGGUUCAAUUUAG